AUGUCAGGUAAAGAGCUUGCAGCUAAGGAAGCAUACUUCAAGGAACAGAGUCUCUUAGAUAUUUCAGACGAUGAGAUAAGCUACAAUGACGAAGCCUUCGACAGGAUCGAGAGUGCAAUGGCCGAGAUGCCUCCAACGAGACUCGCGCGUCAACCAAGCAGCUUCCUCGGACCAACACCAAAAGAAGUGAGAGCAGACUUCGAGGCACACACGACACGACGUCGUACAACAAUACGAGACGAUGCUAAAACUUUGAAUCGAUCGGCUACAGUUCCCGAAAUAGAGUUGACACAAAGCUUUCCGGUCACUAAGCCACGAACCAAACAACUGUCUACGAUCGAAGACAACGCAAAUAGCAAAAUGAAACGCAUCACAUCUUUGCCCAAUAUGACUGGACUAGAUCAAACGCCCUUCUACCAGCAAAUGGGCGUGGUACCACGAGAGCUCAAGAACGGAAAGAACGUCAAGCUAGCAGACAACAUCAAGCUCGAACCUGAGUCGAAGCAAUUACUGCGAGGCAAGAUCGUCUACUUUUAUCCUAACGAUGAUAUCAGUAUGGUGCGGCGGACGCGUAUUCACAAGGUGAUCCAGCUCGGAGCAGCCUGGGUGAACAAGUGGAGAGACGACGUCACACAUGUCUUUGUGGACGAUGUCAGCUACACGUACACACAACUGCUGCGGCAUUUCAACCGAGCAGGCUUUCCAAAGAAGGUAGUGUUAGCCAAGUUCGAUCCUUUCAUACCACAAUGUAUACAAUUUGGCACGCUCAUGGACCCGUCUGCUGCACGAUUCAGCAUAAAAGGUGCGCCUCAGCGAGGUCAAGCAAGUCAGAUGCCGAAAAAAUCACUAGCUGCUUCCGAAACUUCAGGCGAAUCGCAGGCUUCGUUGAAAAUUAAAUCACCAAAGAAGCAGAAGGGCGCUGUCCCAUCUCAGAAGACGGAUUCUAUUCCCACAGAAGGCACCCCGAGCCAGGCUAUCGAAAAGAUCCCCGAAAGUCCGUUUCAAGAAAGGGUCGAGGAUAGCUUUGUGAUGCCUUCGUCGGAAAUUGGUGAACAACUCCCUGAAGCUACAAUUCCCGGUGCUUCUUUUGGGGAUGAGCUCUUGCAGGCCAUACGAGAAACCAAAGCGAUCGCACAUCUCCCGAUCGAUGACGAAGAUGAUGAAAGCACUCCUACCCCGAGUGUGAUUGGUGCAGACGAUAUCGACUCAGGUACCGAUGACGAGCUUCUGGAGAUGCCAACGAAGUCUCGAAAAAAGCAGUAUGCUAUCUCCGCCAUAUCUGCGACUGGCAGAAGCAAAAAGAAAGGCUUCGAUCAAAGCAGUUUCCAGUGCAUGGAUCCAAGCACCAACGGCUUUUCUUGCCAGAACCCGAACACUCGCACUAUCCAGAUCCUCGAAGAGAUGGGUAGGCAUUACGACCAAAUGCAAGAUCAGUGGCGCACACUGGCCUAUCGGAGGGGAGUCAACACGCUCAAGAAGCAGACAGUAAGGAUCAAUACAGCAAAAGAGGCAGCAGCUCUGCCAUCCAUUGGCUCUAGGCUUGCCGAGAAGAUCGAAGAAAUUGUGCUGACGAACCGUCUCCGCAAACUCGACAACACCAAGGACGAUCCGCUCGAUCAAGUGCUCCGUCUCUUUCUGGGAGUAUAUGGCGCUGGUCUAGUCCAAGCCAACAAAUGGAUACAAGCCGGCCACCGCACGCUCGAAGACCUGUACAACAAAGCCAAGCUCACCGAAAGCCAAAAAAUCGGUCUCGAGCACUACACCGACUUCAACUCGCGCAUGCCGCGUGCAGAAGUAGCCGCACACGGCGCCAUCGUCAUCAGCGCCCUCAAGAAAAUCGACCCAACCUUCCAAGCCACAAUAAUGGGCAGCUACCGCCGCGGCGCUUCGGAUUCAGGCGACAUCGACAUGCUGAUAACGCGCCCAGGAUCCUCGCUUUCACACCUGCACACGGUUGUAUUCUCCACGUUGGUCCCACACCUCUUCCGGACCGCUUUCCUGACAGCCUCGCUCGCCACGUCCCGCGCCGCCGACGCCACAGGGUCGAAAUGGCACGGCGCGUCCUGUCUCCCCGGCUCCUGCGUCUGGCGCCGCAUGGACUUUCUGCUCGUCCCGGAGUGCGAGAUGGGUGCUGCGUUGCUCUAUUUCACGGGUAAUGAUAUCUUCAAUCGCAGUAUGCGCUUGCUGGCUCGGAAAAAAGGGAUGCGGCUUAAUCAGAAGGGACUGUACAAGGAUGUGAAGCGUGGUCGUCGCGGGGAGAAACUCAAUGAGGGGGUCCUUGUCGAGGGGAGGAGUGAGAGGAGGAUCUUUGAGGUCUUGGGUGUGCCGUGGAGAGAGCCUCAUGAGCGUGUUUGUUAA